CUCUGCUGCCCAGAGUCUGGAUUCACCAGGCUAGAACAGCUUCUGAGCUCGGGCUCCAGCAGGCGCUCUCUCUAUGGGUGAUUUACAGACUUAUCCUUCUCCUACCUGCGCACAACUGGACGGGCACUGAUGCUCCUCCUAGGGCCCCUGGCCCAGCAGGUGUGUGGCCCACAUACAACUUUCUGGGUGGCACUGCUUACUAAGAAAGGGCCCUGCUCUUCUCUCAGGGCUCCUUCCUCCCUGCCAGAAAUGGUUAAUUGCCAGCUCCAGGCUCCUACAGCCCAGCCCUAAUCAGCCUGAUCUCUCUCUAGCUGCUGGGCCAGCAGCUCCGGGCCAGGCUGGAGCAUUCUUCCGAGGUAAUGAUUAAGCCGAGCACUGGACCAGCCAAGCUGGGCUCACACCUCCUGGACUGUGGUGGCCAGGACUGGCUGGGGUAGGCAGGGCUCCACUCAGGGACCCACCAGCAGCCACAGCUCCUAUCUGCCUGCACACAUAAUCAUCCCAAGCAUCAUUCCUGGGCCAGAGCCUCUGCUGCCUGCCCACUGGACUUGCCUGCACCCCCACCAUGAAGCUCUGGGUGUUUUGGACUGGGCUGGAGUACACCUGUCGGAUCCUGGGCAUUGCCACGGCAGCAGUGUUGAUCAGCGUGGGCACUGAGACCCUCCUCCGGGGGCAGUUCAAAAGCCUGGCCUUCUACCUCCUGUUCACAGGCAGUGCCAUUGCCGUGUGCGAAGGGGCCUACUUCGUGGCGCAGCUGCUGACCAUCUGCUUUAAGUGCCAGCCGGGAUCUCUGGCCUACGCGGCCAGGGAGAAGGCCCACUGGCUGGGCUGCUUCCAGAAGUUCCUAGCCUACAUGCUGCUGUCAGUGGCCUGCUUCCUCCACCCUGUGCUGGUGUGGCACGUGACCAUCCCAGGCUCCAUGCUCAUUGUCACGGGCCUUGCCUACUUCCUGCUAAGCAAGCGCAAGAAGACCAAGUCAGGAGCCGCGGGGCUGGCCACCCCUGAGGAGUACACAGACCCCUCGGGCAGCACUGUGAGCACCAUAGGCUCUGGGGACACAGAGCAGAUCUACACCUUCCACGAGGCCCUCACAGGGAGACCCAGCUCCCUCUUCACCCGGGUGAAGAGUCUCCUACGGGGGGCCAAGAUGAACAGCAGCCUGCCCCGCCCCAACACCAUGACUGAGUUGCCCCUGCAGCCUGCAGACAGCCUGGCCAAGAAAAAGCAGGUGCACUUCCAGGACGAUGCCAUCAGGAUUAUCCCGGCCCUCACUGAGACACUGGAGGAUGGGGACAGUGAGGCAGAGGAGACCACCUCUGACACAGCACCCAUCAUCCCAGCUCCCCAAGCCCCACACCUGCCAUCCUCACUGGAUGUUCUCAAUCUGUACUGAGCAGCUCGGCAAGGGAAACAGUCCAUGACCUGCAGGGACCCAUGGGGCCUUCACAGUUAGGUUCUCCAGAGUGACCAGACACUCCAUGGUGGCCGGACCUCUAGGCCAUCAGGGCUGUUGGAGGUGUGAUGACCUAGAAGGUACCAGGAAACAUCUUCCUCCUGGCUUCCCUCCUGGCCCCAGGUGCUAAGAUGGUGGCUCCCAGUGCACACUGGCUGCAGGGUCACUAUCGCUGGCCCCUCUGCACAGAGGACAUUGACUGGCAGAUGCCACCAGGCUGCCCCUGUACUUCAUCCAGAGCCUCUGCUGCAAACCCACCUCUGAGACCCCAGGGCCAGGGACACAGUGGCAGCCAGAUCAGGUGUAGGCUGGAAGGCAGGUGUCCAAGGAGGCCUUGAGUCCCAACAGAGACCACUGCAGUGGGGACCCAGGCUGCAGACUUCAGGGCUGGAGCAGCUGCUGAAUCUUGAAGCCACCAGGGGAUCAUGCUGCUCUGUGUCCACUGCCAGGAGAACUGGAAUGUGGGAGCUGCUCACUCCAGAGGCACCCCUGAGGGUCCUGGGCCUCCCAAGACUACAGCAGACAAGAGCCCAGGUGCAUCCUGUAAGGCUAGCUGUGCGCCUUCAGGACCUGGGGCGGAGCUGACGCAGCCACAGCACGAUAAGUGGCCUCGCUGUGGGGACAUGGGAUGCACACAGGGCUGUUCACAGUGAGAGGGAAGAAGGCCAAGAGGCAGGAGGAGGCCCGGAGGGUGGUGGGCAGCUGCACUAUGGGCAUCAGAAAGGAAGCAAACCAGCAGGAAGGAAGGAGUCACAACCAGAUAUUUCUCAGUUAAGGACUGGCGGUAUGGUGUCCACUUCAGAAAGAUGCACUUGUCCUCGAGGCCACUCCUAGAAGAGCAGAUUUGUUGGUCAUGGUCAGCACAAAGCAGCAGUGGGAGGGGCUUGGCGAGACCCUGACCACAAGGCUCACAAUCUGCAGAGGGACACCUGUCCCCACUAUGACUUCUCCAGGUGUUGUCUUUCACAGGUGUGGCAAUAAGGCCCCAUGGAGGCUGGUGGUGUCUGCACCUGGGUCCCCCUACAGUCACCCACCUUCCUUUGACUUCCAAGGGCCGGUGACUGAUGGAUGCACCCCAUGUAGUCCUCGACACAGAGGACAGCAGGGUCCGAUGGUGCUCAGACCCGGUUCAGAGAGUGGACGGUGUGGGAAGUGGGCCAGGUGGGUGAAGUCCUGCCCAUCACACGUGAGUCCCAUCUGACUGUGAUUACCUGUGACACCGGGGUGCCGCAUUUGAGUGUCACAGCAGCCCGGUCCCUGGGUCACCAAGAACAAAUCCGAAGGCGUGAGCUCAGAGCUGCGUAAUAAACACUCCAGGAAGCCCAACACCAGACCCGGGCUAGGGUGUGUCAGACAGAGAUGUGCUUCAGGAGAUACAGGUGACAUUUAGGCUUUAUGAGGACAUCACCUGUUAACAAAAUCUGCUCUGAGUGCAGCGUUAGAGAACAAAGCUGAUGGCAGCUAGGUUGCCAAAGUCUCUGGGACAGCUGAGAAAAUGUCCCCGCCUCUUGAGCAGGCGACCACACCCAGCUCCUCCUGACCUCCCUGAGCACUCACACCCAUGAUCCCUCCCGGUCCCUGUCCCUGUUCCCUGUACAGUGGCUGUGGAGACAGCCCCUGUAGGAGGAUCACAGGCCCUGCGGUGGCUGCAGACCCCCCUCAGCACACAUAGGAGCUAAGGCUCUGUGAUGUGGGACGGUGGUGGGCAGGACACAGGGCUGGGGCCACCUGGACUCAUUCCAUUGUUGCUGCAAGAGAACCCGGACCUGGGGUGUUGGGGUCCCCACCAAGGGCUUUCAGCCUACAAAUCCCAGGUCACAGUGAGGGCACUGCAUCCCUAUUGCUGGGGGGCCUCAGGGUGACAAAACUCAGGGAAUUUCCACACCAGACUCAGCCACAAGGACUCCAUCCCAACUCCAGAAUCCAGGGCAUCAGUGAGACAAAAGCCACAGGGAACUCAAAACCUGGGGAGCCGGACCCUGGGGUCAUCUCUCUCAUCAGCCCUAGCUUGCUUUUGUUUUUAUUUGGUCAGUUGGUUCUAAUUUUCUUAAGUGUCCUUCCUGAGCUAUAACUUGAGUACCAUAGCACUCGCCAGUUUAAAGAACACAGUUAAAUGGUUUUUCAGUAUAGUUAUAAUCUAAGUUCACCACAUCACCACCACCGCAAUUCACAGCAUUUUCAUCUCCGGAAAAAGAAACCCACAUCAGGACCCCCUAGCUGUCCCUCCCUCCUCUGCCUCCCGCCCUAUGCAGACACCAAUCUGCUUUCUGUAACUUUGCCUGCUCUGGGCAUUUGGUCUAAGUGGAAAAAUAUAGUAACAUGCAAUGUGAUCCUUUUUUUAAAAAACCUCUGUCCCUCUGUCAUGGUUCUCUGUCAGUAAAUUGUUCUCGUGCUUUAAUUCUUUAAGUACGGUUUCCUUUAGUUCUUCAGACACAUUCGCCCCUUCACUUGGAGCCGUCCAACAUCUAGACCCCUCUAAAGUUAAGUUUUCUGGCUAUUUUCUCCCUGCACUUCCUUUCAUAUCUCAAAAAUUUGUUCUUAAUACGUGACCUGGAUAUUUAGAUAAAUACGUGGAGAUUUCGGGUACUGGUUUUCUUCUUCUCUCCCUGGGUUCUUGUUUUUUUUUUUUUUUUUUUUUUUUGGUUUUGUUUUGUUUUUAAUGUAUUCAUUGCUUAUAGUUAUGGCUGGAUGAAUUCUGUGAAAUCAAUCAAUUUUUCCAGAAUAUUAAGCCCUUUUCCUUGUUUUUGUCUGUCAGCCUAGUUAUCUAGGAAUUUCCCGUGGGUCUACAUGAGCCAUUCUUGGUCACAAGUUGUGAUUAACCCUGGGACCAUUUAGGUAUUUCCCCUUUACCUUACAGCGUGUGGGGCAGGAACUUGGGCUCUUUUUACCAGAUCAGGCUUUCAUACUUGUCCCUAUGUUCAGCCAGGGACUCAGCUUGGAUGUCCUUUCUCUGAUAGCAACUGAGAGCAUAACUAUGAGCAUAUAAUGCCAUUCGCCUGAGUCCCAGGAGUACGUGGGAUUUUAUUUUUAAAUUUCUUUGAGUUGCCCUGGUCCAGCAUUCGGUCAGAGCUGUGCCUGAGACUCCUAGACCCAAGAGCCUUGACUCUGCCUGUGGUGUGUGGUUCCGUGUGCAGGUGGGACUUACUGUAGACACUGUUUCCCCACUGGGACUCAAUACCUGCACCCGUGACUUAAAGGAGAAGAGGUUUAUUUUGCUCACACUUUUAGUCUAUGAUGGUGGUCCCAGGGAGAUAAACCCUUUCAGGUGAUGGCCUGCUGAACUGCCUCUCCCAAGCAGAUACUAUCUCGUAAGGGCAAGUCAGCUGCUAUGUCCCCAAGAUGCAGGCACCUUCCAAAGGUCCCACCUAUAGGUAUGGGAGGUCUUGGGACAGCUAGAUGUUAACUAUGACCCUAAACCUUCUUACAGGCACAGGAGGCAGGUGCUCUCCCCUCUCCCAUCUCCUGGACCCUUCCCAGGAGCAGGAAGCCAGAAAGGAUGAGGUAGACCAUUCAGGCUGGGCGACAGCUUUGUUCAGAACAGGGUCUGGGGGAGUCCAAGUAUGGCGAUGACAGGGAGGGGAUGGGCAGGUGCUCAAAACUACUGGAUCCAUAAAUACAGAGGAAAAACAAUGAGAAGUUUCAAGCUAAGCCAGGAGGCUGUGGGGAGGUGUUUGGCUGUAGCUAUUAGGGAAAAAGCAGGGCAGCCUUGAGGACUAUCACUGUUAUGGUGACUGAGAUUGAGUAGAUGCUCUUUGGUGAGAGAUCCCUGGUUUUCUGGGUGCCCUUAGGACAAGCUCCAGAGAUCUAAAUAAUUGUCAUUUAUAAUCAUCUUGCUCAUUUUCUUUGGCACUGGAACAAAAUACCUGACACAACUUAAAGGAAAAGUUUAUUCUGGCUCACAUUUUGGAAGUUUCAGUCCUUGCAUGGUCUGCUCCAAGGCAAGAUGGCAUGGUCGAAGAGCCUAACAGAGGAUAGCUGCUCACCUCUUAGUGGUCAGGAAGCAGAGAGAGAAGGGAGGAGCCAGAAGAAACAAUAAAUCCUCCCAAGCAACAGCCCCAGAGCCCCUUCUUCUGACCAGGCCCCACCUCCUAGCACCAAGUCAGCCAGUGGACUCCCAGAUCCAAUCAAUUUCCCUAAGUUCCAUCUCUGAGUGCUUGAGGCUUUGGGGGCCAUCCAGAUCUAAACCAUAACCGUAAUUCCCCCAAUAAGUAAUUAUUUUGUUUCAGAAAAGGUCCUCAGUUACUCAAGUCUGGAAGUGUUGCCUGCUCUUGAUUUACUUGUUUGCUUUUGCCUUGAUCAUGACAAAAUGGAGCACCUGAAGGGAAACUUGGACUACCAAGAACCAAGACCCAGGCUGAAUCACUGCAUCUGGAUUUUAUCUGCCAUAUGGACAAAGCUCAGGAGCCCUCUGAGCCCUGACUUCCCAAGUGUAAAGAUGGGAUAACAACAAAAGCUCCCCCCCCAAAAAAAAGUGAGGAUCAAAAGAUGAACGAGGAAAGUUCUUUGAGUUCCUGCCUUCUGGGCUUCUUCCUGGGUGUAGUCGUGCAGCUCCCGGACAGUGGCUACCUGGUCAGUACUGCAGAUACUCACUGUCCCCAGAUUCUUCUCUUCUCUCAACUUAGCCCAGAGCCCAAACCUUGUUGCUAUGUCUGAGAAACUGCUGUGGCCUCUUUUCCUGGGGUUGAAUCCAUCCCUCUCCCAGCUGAGGCAGCCAAGGAAACACACCCUGCAGUUUGGCCACAGUGAAACUUCUGGCCCAGCCCCUCCUGUGCAUAAAGUGUCAAGCUUUCUCUGAAAGUCGGCCAGCUAUUCAGCUGUCAGAGCCCUUGGCCUGGCUGCUCAUCUGCUGGGGGAUAGUGUUCUCAUAGGACAAAGAGGAACUGUCCCCACUGGCUGGAACGGGGCUCUCCCGUGGGGCCUAACUGGCUGGCCAAAUGUCUUUCAUUGUCUGAAGGAGGGAAGAACAUCAGGAGAUAUGGGAGAUAGGGUGUGGCAAAAGAGCUUGGAUAAAUAAGCAGGACAGGUCAAUCCUAAGAUCCCAGGGCAACUUGAGGACUCCCAUAUGUGGCAUUUCUCAUGAGCUUCCAUCAGAUGCGGCCGGCAUAAACAGGGGUGCCUAACACAGAAAGCCUCUAUUGUGCGUGAGUUUGCACAGGAGCCCCCACCAAAUCUUCAUGUAGUGUGUACUUUUAUUUUUGCUUUUACCCUUUUUUUUUCUCUUUGUUUGAUCCAAGUUUGUGCUCCAGAGCUGGUUUCUCCCGUAUUCGUUUCCCCUGCAGUUUUCAAAUAAACUUUUUGACACCUUUA